AUGUCCGAGGAGGCCCCCGAGGGGGCCCCCCUGGGGUCCCCUGGCCCCCCGCCCACUCAGUCCAACGCUGUGGCGCACCUGUCUGCUGCUCGGGCGCUUGUGCGUGAGGGCCAGUUGCUGCUGAGGGAGACGGGGCCCCUACCGACGGGGGGCCCUGGGGGGGCCCCCCUAUCCCCGCAUCAACUGCAGAAUUUGUUGCACGUGUAUCAACUCUGUGAGCAGGCGCUGAAGCACCUUGAUGCAUGCGGCCUGCCAUUGGGUCCCCUUAGGGGAGGCCAGCAGACCGAAGGAGACGUAACAGCAGCAGCAGCAGCAGCAGCAAGAAGGAGGCUGCAGCAGGAGCUGCCGGAGGCGAUGGAGAAGGCUGGAAAGGCCCAGGGAUUCUUCGCCCUUGUAACAAUGGCAGAGGCACUGAGAGCUAUGGUCCAGCAGGACCUCACGAGCAGCAGCGGUAGCAGCGCAGCAGCAACACACACGGCGCUGGCAGCAGAAGCAGCAGAAGCAGCAGAAGCGGCCAAAGCUGCUGCUGCUGCUGCUGCUGCUGCUACUGCGCCCCCCAGCCGCAAAGGGGGUGGCGCAUCAGCAGCAGCAGCUGCAGCAGCAGCAGCAACAGCAGCAGCGGGAACGGACUCCUGCGCGACUUCUGCUUGUGUUGCAGCACGACCCUCUGGGACCACCAGCAGCAGCAGCAGCAGCAGCAGCUGCAGCAGAAGCUGGAGGCCCCUCAGGAGUCUCAUGCCGUCGCACCACAGGGGCCUCGGCCUGGCGGAGAUAAGAGGGUUAAGGUACUGUCGGUUUGCACUGGAGAGUGUUCUGCUGCUGUCCCCAGGGCACCCCGAGGCAGCAGCAAGACUCGUCAAGGUGCUGCUGCUGCAGGGGGAUUUCCCUGCUGCUGCCAAGGCGCUGCAGCACGUGCUGCAGCACCAGCUUAGCCCCGAGGCAGCAGCAAGACUCGUCAAGGUGCUGCUGCUGCAGGGGGAUUUCCCUGCUGCUGCCAAGGCACUGCAGCACGUGCUGCAGCACCAGCUUAGUUCCUUUGUACAUACACCCCGAAAGAUACUGUGGCUCAGAGGACUGCUGCAGGGGGACACUGCUGCUGCUUCGGCUGCAGCCAGCUUCCUUGCUAACGCCCAAAGUCUCGCCAACAAGGCCAGCAGCAGCAGCAGCAGCAGCAACAGCAGCAACAGCAAUAGCAGCAGCAGCAGCGUUGAUGCAGCAGCCGAAGCAGAGGCUUACGACAAAGACUUGGCCGCGCAGUUCCUGAAGCAGCAGCAGCAACGACUCAAGUUGCAGCUCGCAGCUCUCAAGGCUGAGGAUGCUGCUGUAGUUGAGGUCCUGAGGGGCGGCACAAAGGCCUCCUUCAGGCCCCUGCUGUUGCCCCUGCCCCUGAAGGCUUCCAGCGCAGCAGCAGCAGGCUCGAGUCCUGCUGCUGCUGCUGCUGCUGCUGCUGCUCCUGCUGCUGCUGUAGGAGUUGCCGCAGAGGCUUCUCAGGUGGCCCUUGUGUUGGAUGCGUUGAGACACGCAUUUCUUCAGGAUGGUUCAAGCGAAGGCGUCAAUCUUGCUCAUGCUGCGAACGCCCCGGCUGUCUUGGUCGCGCGGGACGGCUCCUUGUCAUUGCCUGCCCCAGCAGCGGCAGCAGCAGCAGCAGCAGCAGCAGCAACAGCAACGACGGUGGCGGCGGCUGCGCCUGCAGAGACGACUGCAGCAGCCUCACCAACGGCGACACAAGCUGCUGCUGCGCAUGCACCAUCCUCUGGAGCUGUACUGCAGCGCAGUAGCAGCACAAGCUGGCUGUGGGGCGGCCUUUGCAUGCAGCAGCAGCAGCAGCAGCAGCAGCAGCGCAGCAGGGGGAGGCUACGAAACGAGAAGCCGCGCCGUCUUAAGUUCCUGCAGGAGAGCGAUGCGUGGCAGUCUAAGACGCCGUUUUCUUUAUGGAAGGCGUGGGGGGCGUUGCUGCGAAUGCCAGCAGCCCAUAGAGAGGCUGCGCUGAGCAGCCCAGCAUUUGAACACAACGCGGCGAUAGAUGUAUUGUGGGGGGACUUCUCUGUGUUCUCUCAUUUGUUGGGGGGAGUGGGAUCGGAGGCGGGGUCUGCUGCAGCAGCAGCAGCAGCAGCUGCUGCUGCGGCUGCCGGCACCGGUGCUGCUGCGCUGCCCGCACCCGGAAUGUCUGCUGCAGCAGCAGCAACUGGUACUGCUGCUGCUGCUGCGCAGCCACCAUCGGCAAGGACAUCCAGCAGCAGAACAAACUCAACUGCUGCAGCAAAGGCAGCAGCAGCGCAGCUGCAGCCGCCCUCCAGUGUAGCGCUGCCCGUAGUGCCGCCCCCCUCACUUCAAUGGACCUUGUGGCAGCUGCAGACAACUAUCGAUUCUAUCUUAGUCGGCAGGGAUUCGGCAGCAGAUAAGCCGGCCGAAGCAGCAGCAGCGGCAGCAAGCAAUAGCAGCAGCAGCGAGUCGCAGCAGCAGCAGCAGCAGCAGCAGCCGGAUAGGGAGACGGGGGAGACGGCGCUGCUGCAGCAGAUGGCUACGUCUUUCGGUGUCUCAUCAGCUCAUCCCCGCAGCACAGAGAUGUCUCUCCUUGAAGCUUCUCUUAAGAUGGUGGAGGCUCUCUUGUCUCCUGAGGGCCUGGCUUGUCGCUGGCCCGAGGCGGGGUGGGGCCAGCGAGUGUCUCUGCGGCUGCGCGACCUGCUGCAGCUGCUGCUGGGGGUCGGCACAGCACUUGCUGCUGAGCUGCCUCCUGCAGCAGCAAAAAAGGAAAGCAGCAAGGAGGCAGCAGCAAACCUCGCGACCGCGCUGCCACCUACAGAGGUCUGGAGCAGAGUCUGUCUCGCUGCAACGACAGCAGCAGGCCAAACCGCCAAGCAUGCGAAGGCCCUGCAGGAGUUCCUCACGGGGGGCACAGCAGAGCGCGCGGCGCUCGCUAUCAUGCAUGCAGCAGCAAUGGCGCUGGAUGCACAUCCUAAGCAGCAACAGCAGCAGCAGCAGCAGCAGCAGCAGCUUCCAGUGACGGAGGCGCAGCAGCUGCUUGACGUAGCAGGGGAUCUGCUGUACGCAGUCGCUGCAGCUCUGCAGUGCAGCAGCAGCGGGAGCGUGAAAGGAGCUACCGGAGCAGCAGCAGCAGCAACAACAACAGCAGCAGCAGCACCGGCAGCAGGGAAUAAGAUGCGCAGCAGACUGCAACGGGCCAUGGCCUGGUUAAUGCUGCUGCAGCGGCACUCGGCAGCAGCAAGGGGAGAGCUGCCAGCAGCAACUGCUGCUGCACCAGCAGCUGCCACAGACGAUGCAGCAGCACAUGUAGAUAGAGGGGAGGGAUCUGCUGCUGCUUUGAGCGCGCUCUUUUUGCUGCUUGACGACUUGGAUCCCCAGCAGCAGCAACAGAAGCAGCAGGAGCAGCAGCAGAAGCAACAGCAGCAGCAAGAGAAGGAGCAGCAAGAAGGAGAACAGGACCUGCUGCCGUCUUUGGAUUACCUGCGGUCUCAGGCUGUUGCUGCAGUGCUUGCUGAGGGCCUUGAGGUGCACGAGUUGCUGCAGUCUGAUCCGCGCGCAGCGUCUCUCUUUUCGGGUUCAUUCGCUGCAUCGCAGCAGAAGCAGCAGCAGCAGCAGCAGCAGAAGCAGCAGCAGGAGAAGCAGCAGCAGCAGCCGCAGGAGAAGAAAUGGGGGCAGGAUUGUGUGUCGCUUGAAGCGGUCUCGUCUGGGGCUCUGAGGGCUGAGGUGGAGGCUUCGCUUCUUGCUGCUGUUGCUGCAGCACAGCAGCAGCUGGAUGCUGUAUCUAGGCGGGUGCAUGCAGAGAUUCACGAGCGCACGGUGGCAGCAGCAGCAGCUGCAACAGCUGCUGCUGCAGGUGUAGAUGAUGAGCAGCAGCAGCAGCAGCAGCAAUGCCCGCAGACGAGCAUUUUGAGUGCAGAAACACAAGAAGAGCUCUUCGAUCUGCACGAUCCCUAG